AUCCAAAGUGGUAUUCAGGCCUGCCACGUAGCGUAGGCGUCCGAGAACGUCUGGGUCUAGACAGGCCACCCUGUAAACUAAUAUUCACAAUUUUUAACACUCAUACCUUUGCGAGGAAGGUAUCUUAGCUGGAUUAACUGAGGAAUUAGCAUGUAUUACUUAUGAUAUUACUGCACUUAAACAGGCUUACAAAACUGUUGAAGUGUAUUAGGUUCACGUGCUUAUUAAGCUUAUCAAAUUCGCGUGUGUUAGGAACGGGAAAUAUCGCCACUAAAACGGCUUAACCGGCUCUCAUGCGCAACAAAUAGUUGCUUUCCUUACAGCUGAGCGCCUUUUCCGUGAUCCUCUUACUCUCCUGUCUAAAGCGCUGUUGGUUUCUGACCUUGCACAAACACUAUGCAAACAAACAACCAGACCUCAGUCGUGAGGCUGUUUCUCCUGCGCUCGCUGCAAGGUACAAUCAGAUGGGGCAUCGUCUUGUUGUUUUCGCUGAAUGGAUGCUCGACUCAGCCGCCUCUUUCGCUUCUGUGUAUAAGUAACCUCUGUCAACACCUUUUCGAGCUAUCAUUGCACGCGUGUCACUUCUACAGUGCGUCUGAUAAGAAAGGAAACCGUUAAAACGAGGCUUUGCAAUGUGAAUCUCGUGUUAGGGUGUUCAAGACUGCUUUUGAAAGUAGAGCGUCAUGAAGAGGCAUUUUUCGUUCACUGCCACAGCUGCAUUUGUGGCCUUUAUAUCAGCUGCCGCAGCUGAAUGUCAGCCGAGAGACUAUGGCCAGGGCAGCUUCGUGUGUGUAUGCAAUGUGACGUACUGCGACUACAUCGGUGAUAUCGAACCAUUGAACAGCAGAUCAGCAGUUGCCUUUGAAAGCACGAAAACCGGCCUAAGGUUCGCCAAGACCGCCAUACUUCUUGGCAGGGCACCGGAUGAAGACAACCAGAACAACUCCUCUCUCCUGCUUGUGGUCGACUCGUCAAAGGAAUACCAGAAAGUUCUUGGGUUUGGAGGAGCGUUCACCGAUGCCACAGGGAUAAAUGUGAAAUCUCUUCCGACCAACAUGCAAGAAGAAAUUUUGAAGUCCUACUACACAAAAGAAGGAAUUGACUACAACAUCGGAAGGAUUCCAAUGUCCAGCUGCGACUUCUCCACACGAAAAUACACAUAUGAUGACUCCCCUGGCGACUUCGAGCUGACCAAUUUCACACUCGCUCCUGAAGAUUUCGACCUCAAGAUCCCGUACAUAAAGAAGGCAAUGUCUCUGUCACACGAGCCCACGUGGUUUUUCGGAAGCUCAUGGAGCAGCCCCGCUUGGAUGAAGACCAGCAACGCGCUUGAAGGCCCAGGAUUCCUAAUUGGCGAACCGGGUGGACCCUACUACAAGACGUGGGCAAACUAUUACGUCAGAUUCGUGCAGGAGUACGAGCGGCAUGGAGUUCCUAUCUGGGGUCUGACGACUCAGAACGAACCGACUACCGGCUUCGUACCGGGCUUCCGCUGGCAGACCCUGGGCUUCAGCGCGAAGAGCCAGCGUGACUUCGUGAAACUUGAUCUGGGACCUGCAUUGGCCGAAGCUGGUUAUGGCGUGGACAAGCUGCAGCUCAUGAUUCUCGAUGACAGUCGCCUAGUCCUUCCUCACUGGGCAAACGUGGUGCUCGGCGACCCCGACGCGGCCAAGUACGUGGGUGGAGUCGCUGUUCACUGGUACACGGACAAUAUUACCGACCCUCAUGUGCUGGAUGAGGUGCACGACAGCUUCCCGAACAAAUUUAUUCUUGGCACCGAAGCGUGCACUGGUUCCGAAAAGCUAGAGGAAAAAGUCCUGCUUGGCAGUUGGGAACGAGCCGAGUUGUACGCCGCAGACAUUCUCCAGGAUUUCAAUCAUUGGGUCAGUGGAUGGACUGACUGGAACCUAGCCCUUGACACAGAGGGUGGUCCCAACUGGGUCAGCAACUUCGUCGACUCGCCUAUCAUUGUCAAUGCAUCAGCUCAAGAGUUCUACAAGCAGCCAAUGUACUACGCACUUGCCCACUUUAGGUAAGUCUAUUUUAACCCGAUAGCGUUGAAGAGGUCGCUUCUCGGAAAUUACACUGUUGGCGUCGGCGUGGUUGGUUGUGAGCAGAAAACUGGCGUUGUCGGUGAGCAAAAGAUUGUGAAAAAAUAUGCAAAUAAAAACCAUGUCUACAAUCCCGAACAGAUUCCAAGGCUUCUGUAUGGCAUCCUAUGACAAAACCACGAAAGUGUAUAAAACUGUUGUGAAAAAAAACAUACUAUACAAAAGUAACGUAGUUCAAAGAGUCGCAUAAACACACGUAAAUUUGUGUGGCAAAGUACAAGGUCACAUCAGGCGUCACUGCAUCUGAGCCGCACAAUGAGUGGGUGGUCCAAAGCUUCCCACAAAUCAUAAAGGGCUUUGCUUUCAUUGUGUAGUCAGUGAUAUCGUCAACAGAGUCGCUAUAAUGCCUU